AUGCUUGAUAUCACGCUCCAUGAUUGCUUUUCACAGUUGAAACACAUAGCAGAAACUAAUGCAUUGUUGUCAUAUACAUCUUUCCAGAAUCGGGCACGAGGUUCACUCAUCGAUCACAUCGAGCCCGAGGAAACAGGCGGUCUGCGAUUCUCCCGCGUCCAGAGUCGGGAGAAGUGGGUUGUCAAGUUGAAAUUCAUCCAGCAAGGGCAACUGAACUUCGGAACGGGCUUCUUUAUUAACCUUCCCGACGUGAACUUCCAUGUGAUCCUGACGGCGGGUCAUAACCUGAUUGACUCGAAAGGCAAUCCGUCCGAGGGGUUGAGGAUCGAACAGUUGCCUGGUGAUCAGCCACAGCCGAACAUGCAAGAUCUGCGCACGCACGUGUGUCCCGAGUAUCAAAAUUUUCCGGACUCGGCGAAUCUAGAAAACGACUAUGGCAUUAUCCUGGUCCCAAAGGCCAAUGAUGUGCCUUCACGUGGGUUUGGGUUUGCGGUGAAGCUUGGUCACGUUGAUCUGCAGAAUGCAAGCCUGGAGAUGUGUGGGUACCGGGCAGGUUCAGAACCCGGCAAUUUGGACACCAGUAAUGGGAAGUGCAAGGGGUCCGGGAAUGGAAGGUUGACAUACGAAAUUACCACGGAGAAGGGCCUUAGUGGCUCCCCUGUUUCCAUGCCUUACAAAGGACACGAGACAGUUGUUGCUAUCCAGGGUGCCCGUUUGAAUACCAGAGUUCUCCAGCAGAUCUUCAAAUGGACUGGUUCGGUGUAUGAGAACCAAUCACUCAGAGUGUGCGACAACGAGGCACCCCCGGAGGGCUGGGUGCGGUUGGGAAAGGAAGGACUCGAUACAACGUUUGACAUUUUCCCUGCCUAUGCGCCUACGCCCAACGUUAACAACAAUCCGUUGUAUGUCUUUCGCCAUCGAUCUCCGCCAGGAUGGCCGCAAUCUUCGAAAGAGCGGUGGGUGCUGUGGGAUGUUGUUCAGAAAUCUGUUCGCUUGACCAAUCAUCUACAAGAAUUCUGCUUUCCGCGCAUUGUGCGCGAUAAGAAAAAUGAAGGUGGGGUGCGAAUUGUGAUGACAACGUUGGGCGGGAGGAUGAGCAAUUUGAUGGAGUUUCGCAUGAACUGUGAGGAAAUCGCAGAGGAAGACAAAGAAAUGGGCCACCUUGACACGCCAGAGAUUUCCAUCGAACGUCACUUCGGAAAUAAACAAGCCAGGGUAUGUAUUGGUUGA